CAUAAAAAGUAUAUGGGCCAACAAAAGCGCGAAACCUUUGUUUAGGAAAUUCUACAUCGUUCUACUUCGGUUCAUCCAGAGAGUCAUCGACACUAGGGUUCAAAUCACUUUGGCGGUCUGUGGCGGCGGCAGCUGCAAUGGCAAUGGAAGACGUUAGGGCUAGCACGGCGUGGGUCGCCGCUCAUUCCUCUCACGUAGCCGUCGAUUCAGCCGGACUAGAGAAAGUCGCAGAGGCAAUGAAAAAUGCACUUCCCAAAGUUGAGUGGGACUUUGAAGGCAUUCAUUUUUUCGACAAUGGGCCGCUUACUGUCCAGUAUCUUCUCGUUUUGGAUGCGCUGAAUUUCUGUUUCUGGCCAGAUAAGGAAUUAUGUUAUGACCAUCUGGCAUCUGGUUUGAAGGAAGCUCUUGAAAAUGACAAAUCAGCAUUGGAUGCAGACCGUUUGAAGAUGUAUACAGGUCCUCAAUUACGGAAAAUGUUGAAAUGGACCAAGCCCCUACCAUUGGAAGAUGAACGAGUCCGCCUAUUGCAUGAGGUUGGGACAGAGCUCGAGAGAAGUUUUGAUGGGAAGGCAUCUAAUCUGGUGGAGUCUUGUGGAAAAUCUGCUACAACGCUUGUUGGACUAAUCACAAGCCACUUUCCUGGCUUCCGUGAUCACACUGUUUACAAAGGCCGCCAGACUUUCUUGUAUAAAAGAGCUCAAAUAUUUGUGGCAGAUUUAUGGGGUUCUUUUAAAGGUCAACGAUAUGGAGAGUUUAGUGACAUUAGGUCAAUAACUAUUUUUGCUGAUUAUAUUGUCCCGGCUGUGCUUCAUAAACUCGGAGUGCUGAAAUAUAGUUCGGCUCUGGCCGAAAUAAUUGAGACCAACUGUGAAAUUGGUUCAGGCAGUGAGGAAGAGGUAGAAUUGAGAGCAUGCUCAGUAUAUGCAGUUGAGAAAUUGAGGGAGUUAAUUAGUAAGAAGUCUGGACUGGAGGUACUAAGUGUGGAACUGGAUCUGUGGUUAUGGGCUUUUGGGAUCCGAUGCACCUCUCUUCAACACCACCGGACACUCUCCAUAUAUUACUGAGCAAUAGAAUUAUAUAUGUAACACUGAUCUUGCAUUUUUUGUCUUAACCUUAUUUGUAGUGACUGAAGACUUGACAUUUAAAAGUUUUAAUCGUUACCAACUUACCAUUUAAUCAAUUGCGUCAGUUUUGUAU